AUGGAGGACGGCAUUCAACAGAUGUCUGAUAUCAAGAAGCUCGAGCUUGAGGCUCACUCCCUCCGCCGUGUGGCCUUCUUCGGAGUCGCCAUCUCCACCGUCGCCACCUUGGUGUGCGUCUUGUCUGUGCCAAUGCUCUACAACUACAUGCAGCACAUGCAAUCCGUUAUGCAAUCCGAGGUCGACUUCUGCCGCUCCCGAUCCGGAAACAUCUGGAGAGAAGUGACCCGCACCCAGGUUCUCGCUAAGGUCUCUGGAGGAGCUAUCCGUUCCCGCCGUCAAGCCGGAUACGAAAGCCUCGGAGUUGAAGGAUCCCACUCGUCUGCUGGAGGAUGCUGCGGAUGCGGAGUCUCCGCUCAGGGACCACCAGGACCACCAGGACCAGACGGAUAG